UUCUGCAGUGAUGGGUGCUGUUAAAGGAUUAAACAACAUGCGGGCUACUACAAAUCAAGAAGAUCACUCUCAGAAAAGGGGAAGAACCACAGGAAAGUCAUGUGGACAUUUUUAGACACCAGCUCCCUCUUCCUAAGGAUGUACUGCUUUUCCUCUGCUGUGUCCUCUCUUUAUUCCUCCUCUUGUCACUUACAGGGACAGUUUAAUUUAAUUGGGAUGCACAAAACUGGAGAUGUGAUUCUAGGUGGGAUUUUCAAAGUUCACUUCACUUCUACCCAUCCUGAUCUGUCUUUUACCUCAGAACCACAGCAGCCUGAGUGCUAUGGUUUUGAUGUUGUAGGAUUAAGACAGGCUCAGACCAUGGCCUUUGCUAUUGAUGAGAUCAACAGAAACUCCAACCUGCUGCCUAAUGUGACUCUGGGAUACAGUAUGUAUGAUAACUGCUUUCAACUAGGAAUUGCAUUCCGUGCAGCACUGUCCUUAGUCAGUGGUCAAGAAGAGCAAGUUACAUUAGAGGAGAGCUGUGUAGGAACUCCUCCAGUCCUAGGGGUUGUGGGAGAUACUUCCUCUACAAGUACUAUAGCCAUGUCCGCAGUCUUAGGUUUGUACAGAGUGCCUCUGGUGAGUUAUUUUGCCACAUGUUCCUGCCUGAGUGACCAUCAAAAGUUUCCAUCUUUCUUUAGGACGAUUCCGAGUGAUGCUUUUCAGGUGAAUGCUAUGAUUCAGAUUCUAAAACACUUUGGUUGGACUUGGGCAGGUCUGCUCAUCAGUGAUGAUGAUUAUGGAGUCCACGCUGCCCGAUCCUUUCACUCUGAUCUGGGUCCAGCUGGUGGAGGUUGUCUGGCUUACACAGAGAUUUUGCCCUGGGGUGACGACCCUGCUGAAGUCAGGAGAAUAGUGGAUGUGAUGAGGAAAUCUACAUCUCGAGUGGUGAUUGUGUUUGCACAGCAGAUCCAUAUGAUUCAUCUAAUGGAAGAGGUGGUGAGGCAGAAUUUUACAGGCCUGCAGUGGAUUGCCAGUGAAGCCUGGUCAUCACUUGAUGUGCUCCAGACUCCUCACCUCAUGCCGUACCUGGGUGGAACACUGGGCAUCGCCAUCCGUCGAGGAGAAAUACCAGGACUCAGGGACUUCCUGUUACAAAUACGUCCUGACCUACAUCACAACAGCACAGAUGGAAACAGCAUGGUGAAUGAGUUUUGGGAAAACACAUUUCAGUGUAGAUUUGCACCACCUCCACCAGGUUGGGUGGAAGCUGGAGGAGAAUUAUGCACUGGACAGGAAGUUAUAGAGAAUGUGGAGAAUGAAUUGAUGGAUGUUUCAAACCUCAGACCAGAGUAUAAUGUGUAUAAGGCUGUGUACGUUCUGGCGUAUGCUCUUGAUGACAUGCUGCAGUGUGAGCCAGGGAGAGGACCUUUCAGCAACAACACCUGUGCUCAUUUACAAAGACUGGAGCCAUGGCAGAUUGUGCAUUACUUGGAAAAAGUCAAUUUCACAACAUUUGGUGAUCGAGUGUCAUUUGAUGAAAAUGGUGACGCCUCCUUAUAUGACAUCAUGAACUGGGUGUGGCUCCCUGAUGGAAGAACUCAAGUUCAGAGAGUGGGUGAGGUCAAGAGGUCAGCAUUCCAAGGUGAAGAACUCACACUGGAUGAAGACAAAAUCUUCUGGAACUUUGAAUCCAAACAGCCUCCUCGGUCAGUGUGCAGUGAGAGUUGUCCUCCAGGUACCCGCAUGGCCAGAAAGAAGGGGGAACCUGAGUGUUGUUUUGACUGUGUCCCUUGUUCUGAGGGAAAGAUCAGCAAUAUAACUGACUCCAUGGAGUGCACCAGUUGUCCAGAAGAUUUCUGGUCCAGCCCCCAGCGUGACCACUGUGUUCCUAAAAAAACAGAGUUCCUCUCCUACAAUGAGCCUCUGGGUAUCUGCUUGACAACCACCUCACUGUUGGGCACAUUUAUCUGUGUUGUUGUUCUGGGCAUCUUCAUCCAUCAUCGCAGCACACCUAUAGUUCGUGCCAACAAUUCAGAACUCAGUUUUCAGCUGUUGCUGUCACUUAAACUCUGUUUCCUCUGCUCGUUGCUCUUCAUUGGACGACCCAGAUUAUGGACUUGCCAACUAAGACAUGCAGCAUUUGGCAUCAGCUUUGUGCUUUGUGUCUCAUGUAUCCUGGUGAAAACCAUGGUGGUUCUGGCUGUGUUCAGGGCCUCCAAACCAGGAGGGGAGUCCAGUCUGAAAUGGUUUGGUGCUGUGCAGCAGAGAGGGACAGUUCUGGUUCUGACUUCUGUUCAAGCAGCAAUCUGCACUGCCUGGCUUGUCUCUGCUUCACCAGUGCCUCAUAAAAACACCCAGUAUCACAGUGACAAGAUAGUUUAUGAGUGUGCAGUUGGGUCCACAGUUGGUUUUGCAGUUUUACUUGGUUAUAUUGGUUUACUGGCCAUCCUCAGUUGUUUGUUAGCUUUUCUAGCAAGGAAUCUUCCAGACAGUUUCAAUGAGGCCAAACAUAUCACUUUCAGCAUGUUGAUCUUCUGUGCAGUGUGGGUGGCCUUUGUCCCUGCUUACAUCAGCUCACCAGGCAAAUAUGCAGAUGCAGUGGAGGUAUUUGCCAUCCUGGCCUCCAGUUUUGGACUUUUGGUGGCGCUGUUUGGACCCAAAUGUUACAUAAUCCUGUUGAGACCAGAGAGAAACACAAAGAAGGCCAUCAUGGGUCGAGACAUUGGGUCCUAAAAACGACAGAGAAAGACACAAUCAGUCGAUUCUCUCUAUAAACUGCAAUUCAAGUAAAGGUAGAACAUAUUCAUAUAUAUAUGUUCUUAUCAAUAUUGUGAGACUGAUAAAGGGUCAACGUUAAAUAAAUGUUCUAAAUGAGAAAUACCUUACUUUUAAUGUGUACAACAACAUCACAAACACAAUUUGCAUCAAAGGGCUUUCCAGUCUGUACAACAGUGGAAAGCCCUAGACCCUUACAUCAAUUGAGGAACAACCAUAGAUUAGCGAUCCCUCUGUCGGGAUGGACAGUAGGUGUAACAUGUCCAGUUCAGCAGAUAACAAAUAAGACACAAAGAUAAGGAAUAGGAGCAUUAAAAAAAAAACAAUAACAUUAAUCACAAUUAUCAUUAUCAGUGUCUUCAUCAUCUCAUCCAGGAUGUGACAUGCUGCUUGUCCCAAAACCAUCUGGGAUUAGUUCCAGCCCCUCAUGUAACCCUCCAUAAAGGGCAAACCAUAGAUGAAGAGCAGAUGAGGAUUAUAUUGACAUUAGCAGGAAUGAGUGAUUAUAUGAUAGGGAUACGGUAUGUAUAUCUAUUAGUUAGAACCAAGAACUUUAAAAGUUCCUGCGCAACAUUACAAGCCAGUUGAUUUUGGAACAUACCAAUCAAUUUUCAACUGCAGCUUUAUUUCCUAAUUUCCAGUGUCAUAUCUUUUGUUGGGCCCUGUGAUGAAUUGGUGAUCUGUCCAGGGUGUACCCCGCCUAUCGCCCAUGUCAGAUG